AGGAGAGCUUGUGAUACUUGCCUUGGUAAUGUAAUUUUUAUAUUGUGUAUAAUAAUGCGUUGUACGUAUAAUUUGCUGUUGCUGUUGAAUGGUUUAGUUGUGAUAUCAGAUGCUCAGACAGUGAAUCUUGGAGUCUGCUCAAAAGAAGGUGAACCUCUACAAUGUUGUCGAAAUUACAGACCACGUGGUGAUUCUUGUGAAGAAUGUUCGCCAGGCACGUUUGGCAAAAAUUGUACGGAAGACUGUCCUGACGGGUUCUAUGGACGUUUUUGUAUACAAGUCUGUGAUUGUUCUUCAUGUGACAAGGUAUCUGGGUGUCAGCCGAAUUCAACUCAGACUGAUGCUAAGGAUAUCGAUCGGAUUACAGAAACAGCAAAACAAGAAAAUUCCUAUAUUAGAGGCGUGAUUAUUGCUUCAUCUCUGAGAGGAAGUCUGACUUUCAUAAUAAUAGUUAUCGUCAUCUACCGCAAACAGAGGUAAAUAUAAAUAUUUCAUGUGGCAUUGGAUGAAAACUUCUGAAGUUUUUGAUAAAAUACGUUAAUUUUUUGUUUACGGAAAUAUCAAUGAUUCCUAUACUUUUUGACAACAUGUAAAAUAUCAUGAAGACUAUCUUGUGAUGCUAAUCAUGUUUUCCGAAGAAUUCACAAGUAUUUCUAUAUUGUUUCAAACGCCCUUCAUCAAAUUAUUUUAAAGAUGCUUCCUUUUUCUUUCGAAUUGUCGGUUAUCAUUAAUAUUAACAAUAGUCUUUUUUCUUACAUUACAACAGAAACAGAAUCUUAAUAAGGCCAGACUCAUCCAUUCAUAAAGGUGAUACUAACUUAUAUUCCGUAUCAUAGAUUUGUUAAGAAGAUAUAUACAAUAGAAUGAAGUUUCUGUUUUUCUAGAAAAUUCAUUAAACUAUACAUUCAGGCGGUGUACUAGCCAGAACGACACCAUUGGGCGGACUUCCUCAACUCAGUCCAUCUUCCAUUGAUGGUGGUCCAGCAUUAACAUUUCACGGCGGGAAUUUUAAACUGUUAUACCCUCAGAUGUGUUGGCAGCAAAACGAUUUUACUGAUAAUUCAAUGAAUUCAAAAGAUAAUAGCCAUGCUAAGCUGUCUACUCUAGACAGUGUGUACAGUCAUCUCAACAUGGAUGUGGGCGAUUACAACAUAUUAAGUCUGACAACCAACAACAGUCAGGAAACUGAUGAGGACUAUUACUCUGCACAGACUUCUAACAGCUGUUGCAAUAAGACUGAAUUAGGGUGUUCAUCGAGAAACAACGAGAAUGGAUGUUUAUUGUCAGAAAAGGAGUGCAGCAGCACUCUAAACAAAACUUCACAAAGAGAAGAUAUACUUGAAACCCACAGUGUCUCAGAACCAGAAAAUUUUAAAAUCAGUAUGUCGAAGAAAGAUGGAAUUUUAUCAGCAAAGGGGAAGAUAGAUGCAAUGCACUUGGAAAAAUUGUCAAAAAAACUAAAUAGUUUUAAACCGAAAGCUCAAGAUAUUGAAUUCAAUGAUUCAGUUUAGUGUAAAGUCGCAUUAGCGCGUGAAGAACCUCAUACAAAGAGACAAAUACUGAGAUUCAAAUUAGAUGGUCGUUAUAACGAUAUAGUUCGUCAAUACAACCUAUCGUAGAGUCAAGUGCUGUCUGACAUGCUUCAUACCGAUUGUUAGGCCGUUCUUGGCACACUAAUUUUGACCACGGAUAACUCCAUUUACCUGAUUAGGAUAUAGAGCUCACGGUCGACACGGGAUGCUUACUCCUCCUAGGGACCUGAUCCCAUCUAUGAUGUGUCCAGGAGUCCGUUUUUGCCCAACUAUCUAUUUUGUAAUGCUUUUUUGACUUAUAAGAUUGAUCACUGAACCUCAAACAGAGAAACACUGACAUAAAGUAUUUUUUCCUUCCACAGAGGCUGACGGCAUCAAUAUAUAGAUAUUAAGAGAUUCCACUUUGUUUUACAAACUUUAUAACAUAGAAUUUUGAAUUAGAACUAACAGGAUUACACUUUUUAAAAUGAUAAAAUCUAUAUAGAGUUAUCCCAUCAAACAUUGUUUUCGUAUGUAUACACCAAAACACACCUAAAUGAGUGGAUUUCUGGGUUAUGAGUUCGUGU